AUCUGUAGAUGCACACCGGCCCUUUGCAUCAGAGCUGGAUGGGCAAGUCGCAAACUAGCCUUGUGAGCAUUACAGCGUUACAGAGCCACUGUGGUAAUUGUGUUCGGAGUUGUGGUAAUUGUGUUCGGAGUUGUGAGGCAGGAGAGUGGCUUCCACACAUGAGUGACCUUACUGUCAGCCUGUGAUACUCACAUCACGCUAAAUAUCACAGUGACACGCGUGCUGUGACUCCACACGAUACAAGAUGAAGCUGGCCCAAGUGUGUGGAUGAAGCUGGCCCAAGUGUGUGCAACUACAGCUGUGGCUACAGAAACCAGAUGACCAUGUUGAGGAGUCUUCGACGCUGACCUCCUGCACUUGUGUCCUAACUUUCUGACCUUGGGUUCCAAUCUUUUACAAUGAGUAGUGAGUCGAUGGAGACUGUUGUCUGGCCAGACCAGACCAUGAAUGAGACAGGGACAGUGUUGUUCCCAAACUACACCUCGGUGAACAACAGCGGCAUCAACACAACAGUGCAACCCCUUAUCAAUUUCUGUAAGUUUAAGCCACCUCUGGAGCAAUGGGAAGUGGACCUCAGCUUCUAUCUGAAUGGAGUCAUCACACUGCUCAUCAUUGUCCUUGGACUUGUGGGCAAUAUGCUGACGGUCAUUGUUCUGACAAACAAGACCAUGAGGACAUCAACAAACUGCUUCCUUAUGGCCCUGGCUAUCUGGGACUCCAUCGUCCUCUUGGUCACCUUCUUCCUCAUCAGUUUAGGGGAGUUCACGGAGGAGUACAAGUACACGGUGUUCCCCUACAUUGUGGCAUUCAUAUACCCUUUGGGGCUGGUUGCACAGAUGAUAACAAUAUGGCUGACUGUUUCCUUCACAGUGGAGCGAUAUAUUGCUGUAUGUCAUCCCCUGAAAGCAGCAGGCAUGUGCACCAUCAAUCGAGCCAGAAUGGUGAUAAUAGGAGUGUGUUUUGUAUCUCUUCUUUACAACAUCCCCCGGUGGCUUGAAUACCAAGUGCUUGCUUUCACUCAUCCGCCAACGAAUGACUCCUGUAUGAUAAUCAUGCCAACAGAGUUCAACAAAGACCCAUUGUACAACAAGAUCUACUUCGGCUGGUCCUACUUUUUGGUCAUGUGUGUUAUUCCUCUUGUGUCACUGGCGGUGCUCAACACAUUUCUCAUACUGGCUGUCAGACGUUCUAAAGCACAAAGGAAAGAUAUGAAUGUUCGUCAAUCUCGGGAAAACAAUGUGACAAUUAUGUUGAUAUCGGUUGUUCUUCUGUUCAUGCUUUUUCAAGUGCCAGCUCUUAUAUACAAUAUGGCUUAUGCUAUUGAUAUAAACGCUGUCCAUUCUUCAUUUGGAUGGAAAAUUCUAUCAAUUAUUCGGAAUUUCCUUGUGAAUCUUAACAGUGCUGUUAAUUUCAUUCUGUACUGUGCUUUGGGACAGAAGUUUCGACGGACAUUUGUACGAAUCUUUUGCCCAAAGCUGCGCAAGAACUUGGAUAAUUUUAAUUCGUUUUCAAACACAUUCAAGAUGGAUAAGAUGAAGAAGGAAAAUGGUGCCAAUAAAUACGUCAAGAUGGCCAACAAGAAUAACCACACAACUUCAACAACAGGGGAUUCUGGGGUCGUCACCAAGUCUGCUGCUAUUUCCAGGUACUCACCUCCUGUUUCUGACUCAAAUUUCUCUGAUAAUAGUGUUGCACCUGUUAGUGUAAGAAAUGACAGGGUUGACAAACCCACCAAAGGUAAGCUUGAUAACAAUGUUGAAAGUAGCAGCAGUGAUGCUCUUGUUAACAAUGUUGAAACAGGUCACAGUGCUGAUGAGGCAAAAGAUGCAGAACAUGAUGCAGAAGAAAAGCAAAAUCGUUCUAAUAGAAAUGGUGAUAAUGUUAGCAAUGGCAAAAAGGUUGAAAAGGAUACCAAUGAUAAUGUUGAAAAUGCCAAACCAGAAGUUCCAAAAGAUGAUAGCGAAGCAACUGAUGAUUCCAAUAAGGCCCUAAAUGAUAAACCAGAAACCAAUAAUAGACAUCCCUUAUUCGAUAACCAUUUACCAAAGGAAGAGUUAGUUCCAAACGAAAACUACAUUGAAAACGAAAACUACAUAGACAAUGCUAAAUCAGACCUAGAUGCUCCAUUACUUCUGUUGUUGGAGAGUUGUAGGGAGAGUGACAUUCUUUAGAGGCAUUCUCUGACAUCACCACUUUGUGGCUGAUGCUUCUCUGCUUUAGCUGGUUGCUACCUCACAGGACACUGCUGCAGCAGAUCUAGAAAAGGUGACACAUGCUAAACUAGCUGAAGAAGUCACUCUUUUCUAGCUGGGUGCCAGAGAGGCGGACUUGUGCAGGUGAUGUUUUCCAGGCCCUGCUUGUCCCAGUCUCAAGACUGUUUGUUGGGCAUUCUUGAGACCCUAGGUGAACAAACGUGGUCCUAGCAGAUUCUAAGAACCUCUCAGGUGUCUCCAAUGCUGUAAAACAGCUAGCACAGAGAUCAGUGCAGGAGAUAGGUACAUCUUCUACAUGUUUGAAAAGGUAGUGUAAAGAUUGGCAAGAAUAUAUUCUGCAGAAUGAAUUGAAAUGGCAGUGAAGCGCGUUAUCAGCUUAAGCAGAAUGAGUACUUACUGGUGAAAGGUCAUCACUAACUAGUGAGAUUACAUGAGGUGGAUGCUUCAGUGAGAUACAUUCACUACUGGGUAGUGUGAGCUUGGCUGAAUGGACACAGAAUCUGAAUGAAUGCAUGUUGGACUGUUGAUAAGUUCAUAUCAGAACAGUGAGAUUACUGAGUCCAUUAAGAGGCUCCACACUAACAUUACUAGACAUAUUUACAAAAUAACCAGUUGUAUUUUGAAUAAUAACUUUAUUAUAUUUAAUUUUCAAUAUUAUAACUAAAUCCUUACUUAAUGCUGCUGACAAGUUCAACUUCUUACCAUCAACACAGUUAUCAUGUUUCUAGGUCACCUUGAUACAUACAUACCCCACAAGGUUCAUGUUUCGUUUUUAACAGGUGUUAAAAAUGAAACAUGUUCAAAUGUGACAAUUCAAGUCCAUCAAAGAAAUACUUAAACCUUCAAGGCAAAAAGGCCAGACAGGUACUUGCAACACGGUUUGGUGGAAGCCUUGCUAACCUUAUGUCACUGCAUUUAUUAAUGUCAUAUUUCUAACAGUCAAACAUAAACAUCCACUCUGAGAUAUGAGGUGUGUCAAAAAGAGUAAGUGGACAUUAUCACGAUAUUCUCUGACUGUCAAACAUGAAUAACCCAAGAAACGCAGCCAUUUUGUAGGUCACAAGUAUUUUUACAAUGCUUCUUUCAUACUUGACAGAAAUCAUGAAAGAAUUGAUAUAAACAGAUAUACCAUGUACGAAAGUAUUACUUAUUUUUUUCCAAAUUUUGUUUAGCACCAACAGAUGGGCUGAUAUGUACAAUUCCUGCUGAGCAGGUACAGUGGAUCACUCUCUCUAAAACAUACAUAGUGACUCACUCACCGGAUACAGUGGACCACACACUCCACAAUGUAUAAAGUAGAUCACUCCAGAAGAUAUACAUGGGAUCACUCACUCCAGAAGAUAUACAUGGGAUCACUCACUCCACAAUGUAUACAGUAGAUCACUCCAGAAUAUACAGUGGAUCACUCAACAUUGUAUCAAAGAACAAAAAACCCAGCACAUUCACAUAGAACAUCAUACGGAAAUAGCAUACAUAUUCAUUACAGUGAGAUGUGUACAAAGAACAAGCAACAGAGAUGCAUUGGUUGAAUCCAAAAGAAACUAUGAGUAGCUUGGCUGCUUAUUGUCUCAAAUUUGAGAUAACUUG